AUGGCCGCGCUCGUCUUCCUCCGGAUGAUAGUGAACGAUCACGACAAUCUCUUCGUUGCUUCCGAGGUCGUUCACGCCAUUGUAAUCUCCGUACUCAUCUAUAAGCUCACCAAAGAGAAGACUUGUGCUGGGCUAUCAUUGAAGUCUCAGGAGUUGACGGCUCUGUUUUUAGCUCUUAGACUCUACUGCAGCUUUGUUGUGGAGUAUGAUAUACACACAUUGCUAGAUUCAGAUAAACUGCUGACUAAUCUUUGGGUAAUUUACAUGAUCCGCUUCAGCUUGAAGUCCAGUUACAUGGAGGACAAGGACAACUUCGCUAUUUACUUUGUGGUAAUUCCAUGCGCUGUGCUGUCUUUGGUCAUUCAUCCAACCACACAACACCUUCUUUUCAACAGGAUUUGCUGGGGUUUCUGUGUGUACCUUGAAGCUAAUUCUGUGUUGCCUCAACUCAGGGCGAUGCAGAACACCAAGGUAUUGGUUCAAAGUUGCAUCAUACCCUUAAUGGAUGACUAA